UAUUCAACGACACGUUUAGUAUUGCUGUCACUUUUUAAAGGAAAUUGCAGUGCAUUGUUUGAUUUAAAUAAAUAAAUAGACUGGGAACAUGAGUGAUAAUCAAAUUGCAGUGGCUGAAGGCGUUGAUGCCUUAACUCUCAAUCCUAAUGAAAUAGAAGAGACUGCAACGGGUGUUGAGGUUACUGUUAUUGAUGAGCAAAAUGAUAUUGUCGAUCCAUGGAAUGUGGCUAGUAGCAGUGCCACUGGAAUCGAUUAUGAAAAAUUAAUAAAACGCUUCGGUUCCUCCAGAAUUGAUGAUGAACUGAUAGCUCGUAUUGAAAAGAUAAGUGGUAAGCCUGCUCAUCAUUUGAUACGACGUGGUAUAUUCUUUUCACACCGCGAACUAAGUACUAUCUUAACAUUGAAGGAACAAGGUAAACCCUUUUACUUGUAUACCGGUCGUGGUCCUAGUUCGGAAUCGUUGCAUUUGGGUCAUUUGAUACCAUUUAUAAUGACAAGAUAUCUUCAAGAAACUUUUGAUGUACCUUUGGUAAUUCAAAUGUCUGAUGACGAGAAGACUUUGUGGAAAGAUUUGAAAGUAGAAGAUGCAAUUAAAUUGGCUCAUGAGAAUGCUAAAGAUAUCAUUGCUAUGGGAUUUGAUGCAGAGAAGACAUUUAUAUUUAAUAACUUAACAUUUAUGGGCCAAUGUCCAGCAAUGUAUCAAAAUGUUAUACGUAUCCAAAAAUGUGUCACAUUUAAUCAAGUUAAGGGUAUUUUUGGUUUUGGAGAUUCAGAUCUUAUUGGAAAAAUUGGAUUUCCAGCUGUGCAGGCUGCUCCUGCUCUUUCGAACACAUUUCCGUUCAUAUUUGGAGAUCGUAAGGUACAUUGUUUAGUACCAUGUGCAAUCGAUCAAGAUCCAUACUUCAGAAUGUGUCGGGAUGUAGCGCCACGAUUAGGUUAUCCCAAAUGUGCUCUAAUACAUUCAACAUUUUUCCCGGCUUUACAGGGAGCAAAAUCGAAAAUGUCUGCCAGCGAACAAAAUUCAGCAGUAUUUUUAACGGAUACACCGAAACAAAUUAAAAAUAAAAUUAAUAAAUAUGCAUUUUCUGGAGGUCGUACCACCGUCGAGGAACAUAGAGCUUUGGGUGGCAAUCCAGAUAUUGAUGUGGCUUAUCAACUAUUGAAAUUCUUUUUGGAUGAUGAUAAUGAAUUAGAAAGAGUUCGUUUAGCCUACAGCAAGGGUGAAAUGUUAACUGGAGAAAUUAAAAAAUUAGCAAUCGAGACUGUUACUCCGAUCGUGGAACAACACCAAGCCGCUCGGAAACUAGUUACCGACGAAAUAUUGCAAGAUUUUAUGAAAAUACGUCCUUUGAAAUUUGGUGGCAAUAGUUAAAUUACAUUAUUUAUAUAUGUAUGUACUUCCAAUGUUAUCAUAAAAAAUCGUACAUUUGUAUACUUAGAUAUUUGCUUUUGUAUUAAAAUAUAACCUAAGGUCACAUUUAAAUUAUUGAAUUUAAUUUUGUAUGUUUUUUUUAAGAAAUAAUUAACAAAAUGCUUACUACUUAAUAAAUUAUUUCAUGAAUUUAAUUAUGUAUGUAUUUCAAAAA